AUGGCUCAUACCAAACAAACCUCGGGCAAGAGUACGGGAGGGCCUGCAAAGCGUGGCGAACUACCUCUGGGCUCCUUCAAGUGUGUCACUGGUCGUGGUCAAAAGAUCAUCAAAAGUGUAAACGCUAAGGCAUUACCCACUGGGUUGGAUACAAUACAGAGCGCAAUAGAAGGCACGCUAAAGCCCCAAAUUUGGAACCUUUGGUGUCUGCUGUGUCGUGAUGGUGCUCCAAUAAUGUACGAGUGCUCGUAUUGCCCACGCUCACUAUGCGAGCGCUGUCUUGUCAUCCCGGAAGAGUCGCAGAAGGACAUUAAGAGUGACAACAUUUUCUUCAGAUGCCCAGGGUGUCACGAAGUUCGUGACAAACGUGCUGGGAAGGACAUCAAUACACUGUAUUUUGGUUUCGAGGAUGUCAAAGGGAAGCCCGUGUUGGCGAGACCUGCCGUUAUACAUGGUCGCAUUGAGCUCAGCAGUCGAUCAGAGAUAUGCACUAUUCCAGUCCUUAUUCUCAACUUUGUUCUUGACAGCAUUGAUUGUCUGGGGUCCCCUGCGUGCAUCAUGCGAGAUGCGUUGCAUUCAUACGUCCCCGCAGAUUACCGUGAAAUCAUUUUCGAUGUCGGAACAGCCCACAAAGCCAAGCAACAUGCUAUGUCGAUGGCCAAGCUUGUGACUGAACUAGAACCGCACCAAGUUGGUCAUAUAGAAGUAUUCAUUCACUCUCACUUGGAAACCGUCCGCAGUGAUAUCUGGGGGGGCUUCAAGAGCACGAGGACUAAAGGCGAGGGAGGGGAUCCUGUUGCCUACACAAUUUCCGACUUUUUCAUGCUAGUUCUCGCCGGCGGCAUGGCAGACUAUAUCAAGGGAGCCACGCUCUGGAUGUUGGUUUGCGGACAUAUGGUGCGUGAAACUGAUGCAUUCAAUGAUUUCAAAGAUUGUAUCAAACAUUAUCAAAUUUAG